UAUUAAAUGAUCAUAUUCAACCAGAAACCAGACAGCAAAUGUUUGUCGUUGUCAAAGGCAUCACUGGCCUUGACAAGCGAAGAAAUUGCGAUAAAUCUGGGAACGAGUUUCAUGUAAAUAUUUUAGCGUAAACGUCACGGAAAUAUUCCGUUCGCCAUGGCGUUCAGUAGGCGAGAAUUGAAAAUCAUCUCGAUUAUUCAACUGGUAAUGGCAGUUAUCUUUUUUGCAUUCGGCAUCGUGGACCAUUUUGAAGUACGCUACGUGUACCUCAGCUUCUUGUUCAUGCCAUGUUGGAUCGCAGCUCUCGUAUUGCCAGCGGGAAUUAUGGGAUUGAUUGUGGCGAGUAGGACCAGACGCUCCUCGAUUCUGAUACACUGGCUCAGUACAAUUAGUAUUGCCUCUGUUGUGGUUUGUGCUGUGGUACUUGAAAGCUAUUCAUGGGCUCUGAAAUCUCUAUUGGGUGACAAAUAUUACAGUUAUCGUCAAAAAACUGGCGAAGGUUUUUAUUACUUUUGGGCUAAAGACGCAAAAAUCAAGUUUGAAGACCAGGAAAAUACCAUGAUAGCCAUACAUGCCUUGAUUGUUAUAUUUUCCAUCGCUGAGAUUAUUCUCGCCGUGGCGAUGGCUCGGAGCAGUGAUGCUGGGCGUCAAUUGCCCCAGCAAAAUCAGUCAUACUAUGCAUACCAUCAAGUGGGAAAUGGACAUGUAGCGCUCCAAAUGCAGCCUUUUCCACCACAAGCUAUGGUGGCCAUUCCGACUACUGAAGCCAACUGCAGCAGUGGUGGUAACCAGCAGCCUCAGCGCAUGUAGUUACAGAAAUUUUGUCUGUUUGUUUAAUGACGUUGUAUAGUCGCUUU